CUGUAUGCAAGUGUAUGUCUACACGUGAGUGUGUGUGUGUGUGUAUAUAUAUGGAGACGAGCUGGACAGAGCCUGUUCCUGGACUGCACAUCAAAGAGGAGUUUGUCAGUACAUUUCCACAACAAUCCCGGCAUCACAAGCAAUCCUGGCCAACGGGUGAACUGGAUGAUUGCUGUGAUCUCGACUUCGGAUAAAGGAGGACUGGGAAAGCUCUCACUCAGAGCUGUGAGCUUGUGUUGGUUGAUACGUCAUCCAAAGAAGCUAUUCAGAGAUUAGUCAGUGUCUAUAUCAUCCUCAGAGGCAGAAGAGAACAAGAUCAUCUGUCAAAAUGCAAAAUACCACAUGGACUCCACCUAUCACAGAGGAAUAUCUGUCUUGUCCACACCAGACUCUCUGUACCUUGCAUUAUUAUCCAGUGUCACAGCCUUUUUUGAGUUCAGCUAAUCUGCAGUCAAACCAGGCUUUACAGCUGGGGAGCCAUGAAUACCAGCGUCAGUUCGUUUACAUGUCUCCGGCUUCUGCACAACAUCCUCCACCAAAUAUGUUACAACAUGUGUCUUGGCAAGCUAGACCUUUAGGAAUGUUUAUGGUGAAUUCCACCCAUGAGACACAGUUCUUAAAUCCCAGUAUUCAUAGGAAUUAUAAUGAUCUGCACUCCAUGCAAAAUGUCGGAUGUACAUGUCCCAACAAUGUUCCUAGCAAUACAAACUGUGUUUAUAAAAAUAGUUGUUGUAUGUAUGGUUCACCCUUUAAUAGGCAAUUUCAAGGACAACAGACAACAUACCAACCUAGAACUCAUUCACAACAGGCAGGUUUAUUUGUUCAGACUAGGCUAAAACCACCAACAACUAACAUGUAUCAAGAACAAAUGAGUAUAAUAGAACAACACAAUAAGACACCUAGCUCUGUUGCACAAAUGAAUAAUAUGCCAACUAAUUCUUUGCUGCCUACAGAGUUUAGAACUUUCAGCACUCAGGUGAGGCAGAGCCAGGUUAAAAAUGCAUUAGAUCUUCUUUCACCAUCCAGGAAAGAUGGCGCCUCAAGUCAAACUCCAUUCCUGAAGUACAGAGCCAGGCUGAAGUCUGCCACUCAAAAUCGUUCUGGCCAAAGGUUGAAAAAAGUUCCAUCCAGUUUACCCCAAGAUAAAAUCCAGUCCCAGACCACAACCAUUUCUGGCAAUCUUAGCGUGACAAACCUUGCAACAUUUAAUGCUACUCAGAGCAGUAGACAGUCACAAGUCCUUAAAUCAAACAACAUGAGUGGACUGACUAUGAACCCUCAGGAUAGUACCUCUAUUAGCACAUCCAUAAGUCAUAUAUCAUUUUCAAAGGCAGGGAGAGGUCAGGAUUACCAGAACCCUGAUAAAGAAACAGAUAAUUUAAGGGAGAGUGAAACUGGAACUGGUAGUAAUCUGGCACAACUACAAAAUUCACAUCAGAAUGAGAUUACUAAUUGUGAAAAGCAAAAUAGAAAGGCACAGUCAUUCAUAGACGCAACUGAUUCACAGACCAGAACGGUUCAACAAGUCAACGAGGUAGUAAAUGAAAGAUUACUACCUAAAAAUGCAGAAACAUGUACAUCUAAAAAUGAUCCAAUGCCUGGCUCUCAACACUGUGAAAAUAUUCCUGAGUCUGUGACUGUAUCCUCUAAUCAAUGUCAAGAUUCUGUCUGUGUUCUUGACACAACAUCAGAGCAACCUGAAGACCAGGAGGUUAAAUCUUCUCCAGAAGACUCUACAUUUAAUUUAUCUACAGUUCCUGUGGUUGAUUAUACAUUGAAGGAACUGGAGGAUUUGGUAAACUCUUUAGAGAGUUCACAGGCAGAGAGAGACAAAUCAUCCAUAACAAAUUUGACAAGAUGCAUUUUGGAUUUGUAUUAUGAUGGGGACCAGAAGAACCUGUGGGAAUUACAUGACUUAAAAGUAGAAUUACAAGAGAGUUUAAAAAACACACCUGAAUUGUUUGUAAAAGAAAUGCAUGCUGUGGUUUUUCAGUAUGUUGCAUUUAAACACUUAAAGAUGCUGAAACAUUGUUCUCAAAUCUUGGGAAAUGAAACCACCUUACCAUCUGAGGACUUUAGAUCCUCUUGGUUGAAUGUUGAUGGACAACCAGCAAAUAUAGAAAAAGUUCUUGCAGAACCCCUUUCAGACUAUAACCUCACAUGGUGCAAGGAGGUUCAACAGUCAGUAUCUGAGAGUGGUGUGGAUGAUGUAGACAGUCCAGUCCAGACUAAAGACAUCAUGCAUUCAAAUUCUGAACAUUCUGCAGCUAUAUUUGCAGUGACUGAUUGCAAUAAAGAUGUGCUGACACAUGAGAAAAGUCAUGUAAGUACAACCUACAAGGAACUCUGUAGGAUGCCAAGUGAAUUAAGGAAGCGAUCCAGUCAGGAACUAAAUGAUGAAGUUGAAAUGGUAAAAGAGAACGAGCGGGUGUUCACCGAGCCAACACUUUCAAGAAGUUCUGAUGAAUGUGAAACAAGUUACAGCAAUGUAUGUGAAAAGACAGAUACUUCUGACGAUGAAGAUUCCUCUAGUGACUUACCUAAAAUUAUACUUCUUUCAUCCGAGGAUGCUAGAAAAAUCUUUAAUGAGUGUUCUGAACUUGAAAGUGAAGUGAAGCCACUCAGUGACCUCAAAUUCAUUUGCCCUCAUGUGACUGACUUAACCUUUCACAGUGACCUCUUCUGCCCCAGCUGCUUGUAUGAGGCAAAAGUACUUGAUCUCAAUGAAGCCGAGUCUCUGCCAGAACCUAACAUGGACUACCAAAGGACAAGUUGUAGCCCACAGUCUGAAAUAACAACCAUGGACCCAUGUGCACCUGUAUGCCUAGAUAGUUACAGCAUAGUAAGUUCCGUUGUAUCCCGCCUAGAUUCCGAUGGGACUGAUAUGACCAGAGAUCCUAAUCAAGGUGAUCAGCCACAAAUCUCAAGUUCACCACAUGCUCAAGAACUACAUCAUGGAAUAGUAGGCUCUAAGGAAACAAGUAUUACUGAGUCAUCAGUUGCAGAGGAUUUCCGAGAAAGUACAUCUUCAUCCGAGACAAAUUCAAUUGACUUGAAGGUCCUUUCUUCUAGGAAUGAUCGAGAGUGCAGGAAUGAAAGCAAAGAAAGUACUCCAUUUACACUCAAGAAGAGAAUUCUUGAUCAACAUUAUUCCAAUUCUAAAUCGGGCACUCCUUCUCAAACACCAAAUGCAAAUAAGAUACCCGAAGGCAACAAUGUAAAACCCCAUAAGCAAAAAAGACCAGUCAUUAAGGAAAAAAGACAAGGGGAACCAAGCAAAAAAAUAAUAUUAAAAUUGUAUGGGUCCAACAGAAGUGACUCAAGCUCCCAUGAUGAAAAAAAGUCACCGUCAACUCGUAUUUACCUAAAUGUUUCUCCAAGCAAUGAAAAGAGCUACAUGGAUGAGCCUUCAGCUAAGCAAAAGGUCUAUAGACAGUGGAGUAACACAUUUGUACAUCCGCAAAAGAAGUCAUUUUCCAAUAAGAAAAGCCAAAAGCUUACAGAGGAGCUGCUAAAGUCAAAAAUACAAACACUGAAAAGCAAUCUGAAGGACAGGUCCAGGGCUAAUUGAUGAAUAAUCAAACUGAAGGUGAUGAGAGUGCUGAUGAGGAAAAGCUGUUAUACACCCCUGCUGACGUUCAUACUGUAUAAAUCAAAUGUGAAGUGACCUCAUUUUUCAUUGUUUUAACGAAGUUGUGUGUAACCUUUUCUGUAAACUGAACCAAACGAAACAAUUCUGCUGUAAGUUUUUUCGAACAUUGUUUUUUUUUCCAUAUACUUCUUGAAUGUUGAUGAAAACUAAUUACUUGUAAAUUAUUGGAAAUUAUUAUUUUUUUUACUUUGUACUGCCUCAAUAAAAUAUUUUAAAUAAUAUCUGGUAUUCAUAA